GGGUAGGAGAACGCCAGUGGCUGGGGUUUCCUUGGCGAGUUCGAGCGUUGGUCCGGCGAGGGAAGGUGCCUCUUAUGGAUCCGUCCCGUUAACUGCGGGUCUGGAUCCGGCGCCAUGCCUUUGGAACUACUGAGAGGGUCCCUGAGGGUGCUAAAGAACUCCCUGCCCAGCCACCUGGAGAAAGUCGGGCUCGAGCAUUUGCAGCUGGGGCGCGAUUAUGCCGACCAAUAUAUUCAGGGAGUCAUUGUUACUUCCUAUCAACUGACUAAUCUUGGAAAUGGGACAUCUUUUUUCAAGAUAGUACUUCAAGAGUCAGAAAACUCAUCUUCCAGGAAUAGCAGCAUCUACAUUUUAAUAUAUGGGAAACUGGCAGAAGAUUGUGCCAAAGUUGUCCAGCAAGGGGAUAUCAUCACAGUGACUGGAUUCAGUUUGUCAAAGUCCGCUAGUGAACAUAGUAGGCAUUGCUGUCAGGUGGAAGUAUCUGAUGAAGCCAGCUCAACGAUUUAUAUUUGUACUAGAUCAUCACGAACUAUGACUGGGGCAGAAACAGUGGCCAUGCAUGUUGCUCCCCAAUACACAUACACUCCUCUGAAUCACCUUAAAAAUGGGACUGUUGUCAACCUGUACGGGGCUGUGAAAUUCUUCAAGCCUCCAUAUUUAAGCAAAGGAACUGAUUAUUGCUCAGUGGUGACCAUUGUAGAUCAGUCCAGUGUGAAGUUGGUGUGUUCAUUUUUUAAUGCAGUCAGAGAUGCCCUUCCACACAUCUACAGAAUUGGUGAUAUUGUUCGAUUUCACAGAAUAAAGAUCAAAGAAUUCAAUAAUCAGAUGCAUGGGAUUUCAGGCAGUGGAUUUGCUGCACUUACAUUUGAUGGUACCAUCGGAGCCCCAGUGAUUCCCCGAACAUCUAGCAAAACAUUUUCAUUUACAGAUGAAGACAAAAAAACUGUAGAAGACUUGCGUAUUUGGGUGGCAAGUAAUCUUCCUAAUCCAGCUCCCACAAAAAAAUUAUGUGACAUCCAGCCACCAAUGUUUUUUGAAUUCACCUGCCAACUAGUAGGAAAAGCUAAAGUGGAUGGAUCUUCUUAUCUUCUCAAGGUAUGGGAUGGCACAAAAUGCCGUUUCCCAUCUUGGAACGUGCUUAUUGGAGAAGACGACCUAGAGGGAGAUGGCUGUCGCAUCCGUCAAUUAAAACAUCUGACAGUGGAUGUUGUAGCUUUUGACAAUCAUGUGCAGGUGGCAAAACUACUAAAGAUUGGAGAGUUCAUUACAAUGUACAGCUUGCAUGUCAAAACCCAAAGUUCUGAUGUUGUACAAUUUCUUCUCCAUGGAGGCACUGGGCAUGGUCGUGGGAUUGCUGUCCUGCCAGAAAACCACCCAGACAUCAAAGAACUAAAGUCAUUUAUGGACACUAUAGACUUGACAGAAAGUGAGGGUUCAGAAAGAACUUCUCCAGAGCUUGAAAAUUCUUAUAGUUUAUUAAGAUCCUGUGUAGAAAGAUGUCAGCAGUUGUCUGUUACAGUAUUAACGGAUCACCAGCAUUUUGAUGUAACUACGCUGAAUACUAUCAGAAUGAGCAAGAUUCCCCAGCACUAUCGCAUCAGAGCUAAGAUGCUUAAAUUCGAACCUAAGAAACUCCAUCAGUCUGUUAAACUUCAUUGCCCCCAGUGCAAUUCAUUGCAAGAAGUUCCAGAUGGGACUGAACUUGAUUCAGUUUUACGAGAAGCUUCAGCUACAUGUUCAGAUCCAGACUUGCAAAGUAUAUUGUUCUGCAAAUCUGUUGUGUGGGAUACUGAAAAUCAGGGACAGCGGCGUGUAGCUGUUCAUUUUGUGGAACACAACGAGCUACUUCAAAACCCAGAGGACAGUUUAGUUUUCCUAGAAGGAGGGACUCUGAAUGAAAUCUUGAAGUUCUCUAAAACAUUUAAAGGAAUUAUACCAGUGACAUCCAAAGAAGACUGUCUUGUGCUAUUGGAUCUUUCAGUUCCAUAUUUUUGGCAAGGAAACAUGCAGUAUUAUGGGUGCAAGCACUGUUCAGAUCCUAAGGUCUUAGCAAGUCUGAGCUGUCUUGCUGCACAGGAAAAUCCGUCAUGGGAACACACUUCUAUAGCACAAGUGUUAGGAAUUGUACCUCUGCAAUACGUCUUUGUGAUGAAGUUUACAUUGGAUGAUGGAACAGGAACAUUGGACGUAUUUCUCCUGGACCAUAAAAAAUUCUUCCAAAUUCCAGCUUCUGAGGUCUUAAUCAAUAAUAUAUUUCAAGAGAAUAUGGAGAGGAUCAUGAAUAAACUUUGCCCUGCAGGCAAAACCCUAAAUGACUUACCAUGGCUUGAAUGCUUCAUCAAAUCUUACUAUGUCAGAGAUGGAACAGAAAAACUACUUUGCUAUCAAAUUUUUGAUACUACAGUUGCUGAAGAUGUCUGAUAUCUAACUGCUGAGAAGAUUCAAAGAUUAUAAUUUUUAAAAACUUUCAUUUGAAUAAAUAAGCAGUAGAUGGUUUUUUUGGUAAUGUACUUUUAUACCAGUUCUACCAUGUGCAUAAAUAAGGAACUUAUCUCAGAAUAUCAUACAAUUUAAAUGGGGUAUGUUCUGUUUUUCUUUACAGAAAAUCCAUCCGUUCAUUGAAAGUUCUUUUUAUUUCUUCAGGAUAAUUUAAAGAGCAUUAAAUCACUAACUACUACUGUAUUCAAAAUUCUUAACCACACAAAAUGCAGCUAAUAAAGAGAGUAUAUUGAAUGUUUCA